AUGGGAGCAGUAUUCACCCAGCUAUACCCGCCCCGGCCCACCUUCACCGAGAAGGAUGUUCCUUCCCUGGUCGGCAAGGUAUUUAUCGUGACUGGAGGAAAUGCCGGUGUCGGGCUCGAGCUCGUCAAGAUGCUCUAUCUGAAAGGCGGCACGGUCUACAUUGCGGGCCGAUCUGCAUCAAGAAUCGCGGCCGAGAUCGAAGCAAUGAGUGCCAUCCCCACCGAUACCCCUGGAAAGCUCAAGAGUCUCAUCGUCGACCUCAACGAUCUAUCUACGGUCUCUCCGUGUGUCUCCGAGUUCCUGGCCCAAGAAUCCCGCCUCGACGUUCUCUGGAACAAUGCAGGAGUCGCGCAACCACCCACCGGCGCAGGCACAUCCGAUGGCAUUGAAGCCAUCAUGCGCAUCAAUUGCCUGGGUGCUUUUCUGUUGACCAAGAUGCUGUUGCCUGUCCUGAUCAAGACGGCACAAAGUUCACCCGGAGGCAGCGUGCGCAUAGUGUUCACGUCUUCUGGUAUCAUUGACAUGUCCGGCCCCCCAGGCGGCAUCGAUCUCGCCGAGCUUGUCCCCGGAAACUAUUCGAAAGACGCUUCUCGCAACUACAGCGCCUCCAAGGCCGGCAACUGGUUCUUGGCGUCGGAGUUCGACAAGAGGAUCCGCGAGCACGGAAUCGUGUCCGUGGCUCAGAGUCCCGGGACUUUGAGAACCAAGGGUUGGGAUAGAGCGCCGUGGUCAAUAAAGGUCUCAAUGGCCUUGUUCAUGCACGAGCCUAAGAUGGGCGCUUUGACUGAGCUAUGGGCUGGGCUGAGUCCUGAUGUGAAGCUCGAGGAUGGGGGCAGGUUUGCUAUACCCUGGGGUAGAUGGCAUCCCAGUCCAAACAAGGAGAUCCUCCAGAGCCUAAAGACCAAAGAAGAGGGAGGCACAGGUCUCGCGGCCCAGUUUUGGCAAUGGUGUGAAGAGCACACAAAGCAAUAUGCCAAUCUUUAG